CAAUCUCCUUGAAAAAAUAUGGGUUAAAGCGUGGUUCAUCGAACUUUUUAGUUGUAAACGAUCACAAAACGUCUAAAAAUAUUGUGUGUGACUAAUGCCGAUGUGUAAAUGGUGAAAUAUUUUAACUCUCCUAAAUUUCCUGUCGGUCCAUUAACGUGUGCUGGUUGGGCUUUGUCUGGACACGCUCGUCGUCAUUUUAGAACGAAAAUAAUAGACAAAAAGCAACUUUAAUUAUUUGUAUAAGCAUAAUGACUCGAGGCCCUACUAUAGUGCGGGUGGCUCCAAGUGGUAAUAAUGGCAGAGGUAUUAAAUGCUGCUGCUGCCGUUGUUGCGAAUGUCUUAACUUGGGAUAUUUAACUUCACAGCAUGGUGCUUUAAAGUUGGCUGAAGCGAUGCUAGGAAGUUUAUGUCAAAGUCUGUUAGUAAAGUAUGGGUUAUCAGAAGCGAGCAGCAUGGGCUCCGCGUUCCAUGGCUUCCUGACGACUGCGUCGGCGUGCCUGCUGACUACUGCUCUGCUCAUCGCCUGCUAUGUGUUGUCAUCCAAUUCUCAACAUUUGAUACGACAAUCAGUUUUCGAAUUUGUAUUCAACGCUGUGGCUUGCUUUAUGUAUUUAUCGGCAUCCUCUUACAUGGGCGUGGCUGUUAAUAUAUAUCUGUAUCCUCGCUACGCGCUUGUCAACAUGUAUGCAGCGUAUCCCGCAAUGACAGCAGUAUACUACAUUGGUGUCGUCGUUGGAAUACUUCAUGGAGUGGACGCUUACAUAUCCUAUAAAUAUCAUAAAGGAAUACGAUAAAUGGACGAACACUCGGUCUAACCAUUAAAUAGACAUUUGAAGUUUCAUUCUAACAUUUAAUAAAGCAACAGUGGUAACGAGACUCAACACAAUGAACAUUAAAACUUUACUAAUUAUUGUUCUCAGAACUAUUUACCUCGUUUAAUGAAAUUCUAUUAUUUCAUUGAUUUUCCUUUAAAGGUAAGGACUAGGGCACAAUCAAUCUUUACGGCACUUUUUAUAUUGUGCAGUGUAAGAAAUAAAAAGUGGUCUUAAAAUGGCGAUGAGUCAUAAAAUAAUAUAUUUUUUUAUUUAAUUAAUUCGUAAAAAAUAGUAACAUAAGAAAUUGCAAGAAAGGCUUAAAUAUUGAUUUGAGUAGUAAUUAAAUACUUAUAAUGUAUUUGCAUUACGAAAAAUGUAUCUUUACUUGUGACAGUGUAUUUCUCAGUUAUCAAAAAACAUAUGAAUUUUUUAAUCAUGUAAUCACCAAAAUAUCUAAAUAAGAUAAAAUAACCAUUAACAUAUCUUUCUCAUCUAG